AACAUUUCUUUCUCUCUCUCUCUCUCUCUCUCUCGGCAAAAACCCUCUCUUUAGGAUUUAUCCUUUCCAUGGAGAAACAGAUUCCACAACCAGUUUGCGGCCAAGAGGCUCUCCUUCUUCUCAAUUGCGUGACGGAAUCUCCAUUCGAUCAAGAGAAAUGCCUCCGUCUCUUGCAAUCUCUCAGAGAAUGCGUUCUCUCAAAGAAAGUAAAGAAGUUCGUGAUACCGAGUCAAGACCAUGACUCUGAGGGAGCUGCUUUAGCUACGACGAGACCUUCAUAAAGUUCUUUGCUCCAAUUGUUUUGUAUCUUUUGAGUUGUAAUCACAAAAUUGAUUUAAUGUAACGCCUCUGCCUCGGAAUAUUGCAGGCGCUAUAGAGGAAUGAUAAGAAAAAAGUUAUAAAUUUGAAAACAUAUCAUCUUAUUCUGUCUAUC